AUGGAAAUCUCCAAUGUUAUCUUACUCCAACUCAUUAAUGCUAAUGACAAAACAUUAUUGUCAGAUCCCGACGAGGACGCCGAUGAAACAUUGUCAGAUUCCGAUAUUAAUCUACGUGAUUUCUUCGAGGCACACUCGCCGUUCAAAUGGAGAGAGAAUGAGUUGGGUGGGUUUGUACACAAACCUGUUCAUCCGCUGCAUUGUUUGCACCAUUUAAUUGUGAACCUGUUCAAAGCUUCAAAAAUUGCUGGAGUGAUGUUCGCCACCACAAAAGGGGGCAUCAAGGAUGUCAAAUUCGACGGAAAAACAUGCACUUUACAACUCCUUGAAAUUACUCUGAAUAAUAAUUCACAAUUUAUAGUAAGAAAUUUAGAUGGUUCUACCCUUGAAGUCGCAGAAUAA